AUGAUCUCCUCGACGUUCGCGCUCCUCUUGUGCUUGUUCGGCGCUGCUAAUGCCCACUUCCGACUCCUGUAUCCUCUCCCCCGUGGCAACUUUGUUGCAGACCUAGAGCCCAAUUUUUGCGGCGGUUAUACCGAGGUCACAACCAACAGGACGACGUUCCCUCUGUCUGGGGGCUUCUUCAGCAUUAGUACAGGUCACCCUGGUUGGACUGCUGGAGUUCUGAUCUCCACUGUUGAAAACCCCAAUAACUUUGACAACUUCUCCGUCAACGGCGUGCAACAGCUCGCGAAACCAUUCGCCCGCGAUGAAGGCGCUGGCACCUUCUGCAUACCCCUCAAUCUAACUGAGGCUGGCAUUCCUGGUGUCCAGGACGGCGCCAACGUGACCAUCCAGGUCCUCUUCGAAGGCGGUGAUGGUAAUCUCUACCAGUGCGCUGACCUCACUCUAUCCGCGGCCCUCACAUCCCCUCCUGCGGACAUCACCUGCUCCAACGCCAGCGCGACGACAAGCUCAUCUUCACCCACUGCCACCACCUCCACAGGCGCUGCUCUCGACCUGUCUCACGAGGCUUCUGGCUUUGCAGUCGUCCUCUCUUUUGCCGGAGUCAUCGCUGCCGUCCUCUAA